AUGGCUACUGUUAAUUUCAACCUGUUAACACUCAGUAGCGAGUACAAACUAAAUGGUACAAACUACGUCGAUUGGUACCGGAGCAUUAAAUUGCACCUGACUGCAGAAGGACUUUACAUAGUUCUUAAUGAACAAGUUCCUCCUCAACCCGACCCAAAUGAUCUUGAGGCAUAUGAUGAGAUGCAGGAAUUCUUUAAGAGAGACUCCAAGGCAUCAAUUUAUAUCAUAGGAUCGUUAGAGAAGUCAAUACUAGACUCAGUCAAGGAUAUACAUACCUCAGACGAUAAAAUGGACAAGCUUGCUGAAUUUUUCAACAGGCAGCUGACACAUGCACACUCUGAUGUAAUGUCCUAUAAGAUGUCAAAUAAGGAACUGGAGCUCACUGAGAUUGCUAAUGCACUGGUAGAAGCGGAGGCCACCUUGAAAAAGGAUAAGGUUGAGGAGGGUCAUUGGAAAAAGAACUGUCGUGCAUUCCUGGCUACUGUGAAAGUCAAGAAGUCAGAUGAUACUAAGGCUGCUAAAGAAGGGGUUCAAGGAUACAAGGAAUUUGGAAAGAAAUGA